AUGGUCCGAUUACCACUCCCGCAGCGACUGAGCUCGCAUCUGUCCACACGAAGCGCCAGUUCCACCCCAGGUCAAAGCAGAAGUACAAGUCCAAUGAGGUCACCCACAGAUCCGAAACCUUUGCUACUCAAAGUGACUGUGAUUCGGGGACGAAACUUGGCAGCAAAAGAUCGAGGUGGCACAAGUGAUCCGGUAGGUGGAUGUGUAUCUGGUCGUGACAUUAGGAGAUGGACGGCAGUCGACACCGACGAUAUUCAAAUCCCUGAACCCGGAAUGGAACGUGUCGAUUAUCUAGGCGAGUUCGAUAUUGCAUUGGAGGAUAUCUUUUCAGAUGGGCAGAUCAAGAAAGAGCCAACAUGGUACACCCUCAAGUCAAAACGCGUUUCGAACCGGAAGAAGAAGAACAAGAAGGACAGCAACGUAUCCGGGGAGAUUUUACUCCAGUUCUCUCUCUCAGACUCGGCCAACCCCUCUGCCUCACCCUCCGACACAUAUCGAAAAUUCAAGAAGGUCGUAUGCGCUGGCGAUGAAGAUGAUGCAAUUGAGAUUCCAGCAGCUUACCUAGAUGAUCCUGACCGUGACGAAGAGACCUCGGACGAGACGGAUGAUCCCACAAAACCGGAGGUCGUUGAGAAACGCCGCCGAAGGCUUCGAUUGGCUCGUUUAAGAAGAAAGUCUCUGGCUGCUCGGGCAUAUCAGUUCUCAGGUGCUGGCACCGGUGUCCAGGGCAUUGUCUUUAUGGAGAUUCUUAAAGUGACAGAUCUUCCUCCUGAAAAGAAUGUGACCCGGACCUCUUUUGAUAUGGACCCAUUUGUUGUGACCUCACUCGGGAGGAAAACACUAAGAACACCGGUUGUUCGUCACAACCUGAAUCCAGUCUUCCAUGAGAAGAUGGUCUUUCAGGUAAUGCGACAUGAGCAAACUUACACAAUUAGUUUUACAGUAAUGGAUCGAGACAAGUUCUCGGGUAAUGAUUUUGUUGCUUCUGCGGGUUUUCCUUUGCAGACCCUUAUUCGAUCUGCCCCAGAAGCCGAUCCCGAGACAGGCUUGUACCAAUUUAUCGAGUCAGAGGAAGAAGUUAUUCCUCCUGCGAAAUCUAGUUCUCGUCUUCCCCUCAGUUCCUCGCCAUCGUCAUCAAGCCUGAGCAAAAUGUCACGGCCUACAUUGAAAUCGCGCACCUCUUCUAAUUCGCUGUCUGCCAAGUCGGCCCUGGAAAUGCCCACGCGACCUCCACCUACAUCAGUGCCAGAACAGUACCUCCCCCAAUCUGAUGGCAGUAGUUCUACUCUGUUAGUACCAACAGUUGCUACAACAGCGCCGGCAGAGCCUGAGAACAUCCCCCCUGCCGAUGAGGAGGGCUUGCGCCCGUACACUAUUCCUCUAACCCUGAAGAAUCGUGAUCGUUGGGAAGACAAACAUAAUCCAGAAUUGUUUGUUAAAGCCAAGUAUCUGCCGUACAGCGCUCUUCGACAGCAAUUUUGGCGACUCAUGUUGAAGCAAUACGAUGCCGAUGAUAGUGGUCGCAUCGACAAGAUCGAAAUGACCACUAUGCUCGAUACCCUUGGCUCCACGCUUAAAGAAUCAACAAUCGACGCUUUCUUCCAGCGAUUCAGCGACAAGAAUAUCUCCGCUGAGUCAGUCGACCUGAGUUUCGACGAGGCUGUGAUCUGUCUCGAAGAUACGUUACAAGCAUUGCAGAAGAAGAAUUCUCCUUCACCUCUCCGAAGACCUGCACUUGGAACAUCGCCUACCGGCAGUCAAGAAAGUGAGGAGCCAUCCAGCGGCGAUGAGCUCGCUUUAGAACCCAGCACCGUCAAACAACAUGCUAAUCAAAGCCCAACAGCGGUGCCAACUGUGUCUAGUGAUGAUCAGGAACAACCAAGCUCGACUGAUGAAGAACUCCGCGCCGACGAUCUUGUUGAUGAGAGGGGAGAGGAGCAUGUCGUAGAAAUCCGUGAAUGCCCUCUGUGCCACCAGCCUCGUCUCGCCAAACGAUCAGAUGCGGAUAUCAUCACUCACAUUGCGACAUGUGCCAGUCGUGACUGGCGACAGGUCGAUAACCUUGUCAUGGGUGGAUUCGUGACUUCCAGUCAAGCCCAGCGUAAAUGGUACUCAAAGGUUAUCACCAAGAUCUCCUACGGUGGUUAUCGACUGGGAGCCAAUUCAGCCAAUAUUUUAGUCCAGGAUCGAAUAACUGGCCAGAUCAACGAGGAGCGCAUGAGUGUCUAUGUUCGUCUUGGAAUCCGACUUCUCUACAAGGGUAUCAAGAGCAAGGACAUGGAAAAGAAGCGAAUUCGUCGCGUUCUGCGCUCCUUAAGUAUUAAGCAGGGUCGCAAGUAUGAUGACCCUGCAUCUGCUAGCCAGAUUCGCGAUUUCAUCAAUUUCCAUCAACUGGAUAUGACAGAAGUACUUUUGCCCUUGGGCAAAUUCCGCACUUUCAACGAGUUUUUCUACCGAGCGCUGAAGCCCGAUGCGCGACCAUGCUCGGCACCCGAUGACCCUAGAGUCGUUGUGUCCCCAGCGGACUGCCGUUCAGUGGUCUUUGACCGGAUGGAUGAAGCCACCAGUAUUUGGGUUAAGGGUCGUGAAUUCUCUGUUGAGAGAUUACUUGGUAAUGCCUACCCAGAAGAUGCCGCACGUUACCGAAAUGGAGCUCUUGGUGUAUUCCGGUUGGCGCCUCAGGAUUACCAUCGAUUCCAUGUUCCUGUUGAUGGAAUUAUGGGCGAGCCGAAAACCAUCGAGGGUGAAUACUACACAGUUAAUCCAAUGGCUAUACGCUCGGCAUUGGAUGUGUAUGGAGAGAACGUGCGUGUUUUAGUUCCUAUUGACUCUGUGGCUCAUGGGCGUGUCAUGGUUGUCUGUGUUGGUGCCAUGAUGGUUGGCAGUACAGUGAUUACGCGGAAGGCUGGUGAGAAGAUUGGCCGAGCUGAAGAGCUUGGUUACUUCAAGUUUGGUGGCAGUACACUGCUUGUCUUGUUUGAGGACGGUGUGGUCAACUUUGAUACUGACUUGGUGGACAACUCCAAGGGUCCCCUUGAAACACUGAUCCGAGUUGGAAUGUCAGUUGGUCACAGCCCAGAAAUCUCUCAGCAUGAGCCUGAUAUGCCUAAGAAGGCAGAACAAGUCACUGCUGAGGAUGUGCAAGAAGCCAGACGUCGUAUUGAAGGCAGCAUUGUACAGCCUGCCCUUACACUUCCCGUCGAUGAUGCUAUGCAAUAA